AGGAAGGGGACGAGGACAACGAGCGACGGGGCGGCGGAGGACGAGGAGGAGGAAGAGGAGGCAGACCAACAAGAUGGCCCCUGCUGCAGGAGCAGCCUCAGCAGCAGCAGGUGGGAGGCCGGAGGCGGCGCUGGCGGUGGCGGCGGUGGCCGUGGCCCGGCGGCCUGGGACAGAGUCAGAGUCGACGGUGGCAGCAGCGGCGGCGGCGGCUGCUGUGGCGGUGGCGGCGGCUGCUGGGACUCGGAGCUGAGAGGAGCUGCUGCUCGGACCAGCGCGGUUAUAUUUCACACUAUGUGCUGACUGUAUCUACAGAAGAUAUUUAAAAAAAAAAAAGAUAAACUUUUUUCAAAGAUUUUGAUUCCAGUGGAAUCUUUGCUUUAGAUUUUUGCGUGUGUGUGUUAGUGAAUUGUAACUCCAGAAGCGAUGCCUGUACAAGCUCCACAAUGGACGGAUUUCCUCUCCUGCCCAAUUUGCACUCAGACUUUUGACGAAACGAUUCGAAAGCCCAUCAGUUUGGGCUGUGGCCAUACUGUCUGCAAGAUGUGCCUGAAUAAACUCCACCGCAAGGCUUGCCCAUUUGACCAGACCACUAUCAAUACAGACAUUGAGCUUCUCCCUGUGAACUCAGCAUUGCUGCAGCUAGUGGGUGCUCAGGUCCCUGAACAGCAGCCCAUUACUUUGUGUAGUGGGGUGGAAGAUACAAAGCAUUAUGAGGAAGCCAAGAAAUGUGUAGAAGAAUUAGCAUUGUACCUGAAGCCACUCAGCAGUGCUAGAGGAGUGGGUCUGAAUAGCACUACUCAGAGUGUUCUGAGUCGCCCAAUGCAGAGAAAGCUUGUGACUCUGGUUCACUGCCAACUAGUAGAAGAAGAAGGCAGGAUUCGUGCCAUGAGGGCAGCUCGAUCCUUGGGUGAACGAACAGUUACAGAGCUCAUUCUCCAGCAUCAGAAUCCUCAGCAACUCUCUUCCAAUCUUUGGGCAGCAGUCAGGGCUAGGGGCUGCCAGUUCCUUGGACCAGCAAUGCAGGAGGAAGCUCUAAAGCUGGUUCUGCUGGCCUUAGAAGAUGGUUCUGCUUUGUCAAGAAAAGUACUGGUUCUCUUUGUGGUGCAAAGGUUGGAGCCACGGUUUCCUCAAGCCUCUAAAACUAGCAUUGGGCAUGUUGUUCAGCUCCUUUAUAGAGCCUCCUGCUUCAAGGUCACCAAACGUGAUGAAGACUCUUCUUUGAUGCAACUGAAAGAAGAAUUUAGAACCUAUGAAGCUCUGAGACGAGAACAUGACUCCCAGAUAGUGCAGAUUGCAAUGGAAGCAGGCUUACGAAUUGCACCAGACCAAUGGUCUUCUUUGCUUUAUGGAGAUCAGUCUCACAAAUCUCAUAUGCAGUCCAUUAUUGAUAAGUUGCAGACUCCGGCCUCUUUUGCACAGAGUGUUCAGGAACUAACAAUUGCUCUCCAGCGGACUGGAGACCCAGCAAACUUGAACCGAUUAAGACCCCAUUUGGAGCUAUUAGCAAACAUUGACCCUAGCCCAGAUGCUCCUCCUCCUACUUGGGAACAGCUAGAAAAUGGACUGGUUGCUGUGCGUACAGUGGUACAUGGGCUGGUUGAUUAUAUCCAGAACCAUAGCAAAAAAGGAGCAGAUCAGCAGCAGCCUCCACAGCAUAGCAAAUAUAAAACAUACAUGUGUCGAGAUAUGAAGCAGAGAGGAGGAUGCCCUCGUGGGGCCAGCUGUACAUUUGCACACUCACAGGAGGAACUGGAAAAAUUUCGUAAAAUGAACAAACGCUUGCUUCCCAGAAGACCCCUGAGUGCCUCUUUGGGUCAGCUUAAUGAGGUGGGCCUGCCUUCAGCAUCUAUCCUUCCAGAUGAAGGGGCAGUGGAUCUGCCUAGCAGAAAACCCCCUGCUCUGCCAAAUGGAAUUGUAUCAGCAGGGAAUACAGUAACACAGCUGAUUCCACGAGGGACGGACCCCACCUAUGAUUCUAGUCUGAAACCAGGAAAGAUAGAUCAUCUGAGCAGUAGUGCUCCUGGAUCGCCUCCUGACCUGCUAGAAUCUGUCCCUAAGAGUAUUUCUGCCUUACCUGUGAAUCCACAUCCUGUACCUCCAAGGGGGCCAACGGAUCUGCCUCCCAUGCCUGUCACCAAACCACUUCAGAUGGUACCACGAAGUUCUCAGUUAUAUCCAGCACAACAGGCAGAUGUUUAUUAUCAGGAUCCUCGAGGAGCUGCCCCACCAUUUGAACCAGCACCAUAUCAGCAGGGUAUCUAUUAUACUCCACCACCGCAGUGUGUGUCCCGCUUUGUCCGACCUCCACCAUCUGCUCCUGAACCUGGUCCUCCCUACUUGGAUCAUUAUCCACCCUACCUCCAGGAUCGUGUAGUAAACUCUCAGUAUGGUACACAGCCACAACAGUACCCACCUAUGUACCCACCUCACUAUGAUGGCCGUCGAGUGUACCCUACUCAGUCUUAUACGAGAGAGGAGAUCUUCCGAGAAAGCCCUAUACCCAUUGAGAUUCCACCUGCAGCAGUACCAUCUUAUGUACCAGAAUCCAGAGAAAGAUACCAACAGAUGGAGGGUUACUAUCCAGUGGCUCCUCAUCCAACUCAGAUCAGACCUUCAUAUCUCAGAGAGCCUCCUUAUAGCAGGCUUCCUCCUCCUCCGCAGCCCCAUCCUAGUCUAGAUGAGCUACAUCGCCGACGAAAGGAAAUAAUGGCCCAACUAGAGGAAAGAAAGGUUAUCUCCCCGCCUCCUUUUGCACCUUCACCAACAUUGCCUCCUUCCUUCCAUCAAGAGGAAUUUUUGGAUGAAGACUUGAAGGUAGCUGGGAAAUACAAAGGAAACGAUUAUAGCCAAUACUCUCCCUGGUCAUGUGACACCAUUGGCUCCUACAUUGGAACCAAAGAUGCAAAACCCAAAGAUGUUGUGGCAGCGGGGAGUGUGGAAAUGAUGAGUGUAGAGAGUAAAGGAAUGAGAGAGCAGCGAUUGGAUCUUCAGAGAAGAACAGCUGAAACCAGUGAUGACGACCUCAUCCCAUUUGGAGACCGACCAACAGUAUCUCGGUUUGGUGCCAUCUCUCGAACUUCCAAAACAAUAUAUCAGGGUGCUGGCCCAGUGCAGGCUAUGGCACCUCAGGGAGCUCCCACAAAAUCUAUUAACAUUUCAGAUUAUAGUCCAUAUGGAACCCAAGGUGGCUGGGGAGGUUCUCCAUAUUCACCUCAUCAAAAUAUACCUUCUCAGGGACAUUUCAGUGAGAGAGAGAGAAUAUCCAUGUCAGAAGUGGCCAGUCAUGGAAAACCCCUUCCAUCUGCUCAGAGAGAACAGUUACGACUAGAAUUGCAGCAGCUGAACCAUCAGAUUAGCCAGCAGACCCAGCUACGUGGACUAGAGGCCGUUAGUAACAGGCUGGUGUUGCAGAGGGAGGCGAACACCCUGGCAGGCCAGCCACAGCCCCCACCACCACCACCUCCAAAGUGGCCUGGAAUGAUCUCAAGUGAGCAGUUGAGCUUGGAACUGCAUCAGGUGGAAAGGGAAAUUGGGAAGAGAACCCGGGAACUAAGUAUGGAAAGCCAGUGUUCUAUGGACAUGAAAAGUAAAUUGAACGCAAGUAAGCAAGCAGAAAAUGGACAACCAGAACCACAAAACAAGGUUCCAGCUGAGGACCUUACAUUAACAUUCAGUGAUGUACCGAAUGGAUCAGCCUUGACACAAGAGAAUAUCAGCCUCCUAUCAAACAAGACCAGCUCUCUGAACCUAUCAGAGGACCCCGAGGGAGGAGGGGAUAACACUGACUCCCAGAGAUCAGGAGUUACUUCCAGUUCUGCUCCCUAAAAUAUGAGGAGACCUACUUUUAUCUUCUGCUCCUAAUCAGUUUGUGGGGCGUAGGGUAGGAGAACGGAUAACUUCUAAACUUUUUCUCUAAGAGUGGUCAGAGAAAUCCAGGAAAUGCACCGGAGGCAAUGUGCACAAACACCACUACUAAAAACAAACCCUGCACAUAGUUCCCAUUAAUGCAUUUUUUAAUUUAAAGAAAAAGAAAAUUAGCAGUAUCUGCAAGCAAUUCAGAUUAAAUUUGUUUUUGUUCUGUGAAUGAACUUUAUUUUAAUAACUUUGGACGCCUUGGAUCCAGGGCUUUAAAAAAAAAAGAAGAUAUUAUAUAUACACUCUGUUUGAUUAAUUGUAUGAUCUCAAUGAAGUAGGUUUUUCUUGUAUUUUGGUAUUAUUACAUACCCAGUGUAUAAUUCCUUACCCCUAAUCCUUGCCAACCCUCAUUACCUAAUAAACUAAAACAGACAAAAAGCACCAGCCUUUUUGAGAAUUAUGUGGUGCUUAAGAAACAAAGAGAUAGUAAUAGACUGAGUUAUUAGAAAAUGUGCAGCAAACCAACUUUUCCGAGAGCUGUUAUUUGUAAUUUUUUUUUUCCUUUCUGAAUCACUAGCUUCAUGGAUAAGGAUGUUUUUUAAAUGACAUCGAAACUUUUGUUUCUUGUUUUUAUUUUCAACUGAAAAGAGAGAUUAUUAUCAGACAGUUAAUUUUUGAGGUCCCCAUUUCCAUUAAAGAUCCUUUGUAUCACCUUAAUGUAAUCAAAAAGCUGGUUCAGCAUUCGGAUUAUUUGAUUCAAUUUAAAUAGAGAUUAAGAAUGAACUGUAGCUUACUAACACUGAAAAUACACAGUUAGUGUAUUGCCUGUGUUUAGCUCAUGGUUGGAAAUUUGGAGCUGUGCUUUCCACAUUAAACUUUUGCUGAAAUCAUAGAAUGCUCAAAAGCCAGGACAAUCAACCAUGUUUUAAAACUGCAACACUUGAUUUGAACUUAAAAUGAACAGAGCCACAUUAUUUCAAUGGAUGUUUUUGUUUAAUUCUCAAAAUCUAAAAGUAUAAAAUAAAAUCCCUAUAUACUGGAGCCCCUGGCUUUCAGAGAGAUUUGGCAAAUACAAACUACCUGAGUCUUAAGGAUAAUUUAUGAAUUGAUCCCUUGUUGCUGCUCAGAAUCAUUCGCAUAAGUAGAUAGUAAAUACCUCAAAGUCAGUUUUCAUAGACUUGGCUUUCCAAUAUUUAAAAAGUGUCUUCAUGAAAAUGUUGAAAAGAAUAAGGAAGAUUUUUUUUAUUACUUAGUUUUGCUGCACAUAUUCUGAUGCCAUGUGUCUGUGCUUAACUAUGACUGUAAAACAUGUAUAGUGGGGAUUGUUUCCUAGAGUCACCCUUUCCAUCCCUCUGCCUGAUUUUUUCAAUUUCCUUUUCUGGAUUAUACUACUAAAUCAGAAAGCACUGGUUAUGUAAUAAGUUACUGCAUUGCUUUGGUUGGGUAAAAGCAAGAGUUUAUAUUUUUCUUGUUUCUUAUUUUCUUAACCCUUAAGUCCUCUGAGGUCAUAAAAACCUCAGUCUAAGCUUUGUGUCCAUCAUACUGUUAAUUGAAACAAAUGGGGGGGGUGGGAAGUGUAAUACAGUCCUGCCAUUGCCUACCAGUAGGAGAGUCCAAACAGAACACUCUUUUGAGUAGCAAUUAUUUAAUUUGCCCAGUCAAGGCACCGUGUUUAUAUACUAUUUCACAUUGAAUUUGAUUAUGCCCUACAGACCUGGCUGGUCAAGGAUUUGAUAUACACAUAUUGGCUUGGGAUUCGAGCUUUCUUUUUUAUUUAAAUAAAAAUUUAUAUAUAUUAUAUAUAUACAUAUAUACAUAGCUAUAUUUGUAUAUAUAUUGGGUAUGUUUUAAGGAUUUUUUCGCAUGAGCGCAGCUGUUGCGAUAAAAUGACUGAUUGGGAGCUAGAAGCACUGAAGGAAGGUGAGGCAUUUUUUCAGUUGAUAAAUACAUCCCCCGCCCCCCUGUUUUAAAAAUACAUUUGCUUUUUUGCCCCCUUUCUUUCUUUCUUUUUUUUUUUUUUUUUUAACUUUAAACUCUCUUGCAUUUAUGCUUUAAAUGCUUAUUAUUUAUUGGGAGAAGGAAAGAAACUUUUGUAUGUCUGACAAAGUCCCAAGAUGUUUCACUUCUCUGUAGAAGGCAACGUUCUUGGCCUCCAACCUUCUCUAGGCAGAUUUGGGCAGAUCUUAUUUCUCUUUUGGAUAUAUCAGAUAAUUCGUAAAUUUUAGAAACCUUUGGUACACUUUGGAACUCAGAAUGAUUCUGGUAUUUGAAGAGAAUUUGUGGGUAUUGAUUGUGUUGAAGUUCAUAAUAAAAGUAAAGUUCCAUUUUGGGUAUCUGUUGAAACCCCUAAUAACUCAAUUUCUGUUAUUCUUGUGGUUAUUUCUUUCAAAUACAUUCAUUCUUGCUUUCACCAUUUUGAUUUUGUGAUCUAGGCAGGAGCAGGGUAUGAAUUUAUACAGUAUUCCUGUUCUAAACAAAACCGGAAAAGCCACAGUUUAGAGUUGACUUAAAAUAGUAUCUUACUCUUUUUAAAUGUAUUUUCAUUUGCCGGUGGGGGAAUCUCUUAAACUAUAGCCUAAUUCUAGCUGUAUCCCUCCAAGGCCCCCUACUCCAGAGGAAAUCUUGUUGGGUAGAAAGGCAGAAGAACGCUAUAGUGUCCCAUUGUGCCUAUAAUUUAUCUGUUUUGAACUGGUUAUUCUGCCUUACCUGAUAGAAAUUCUACAACUUUCCUAGUGCUCACCAGUCGGUUUAGGAAUUCAAUAAAACCUCCAAACUUUGGGAGUUUUCUUCCUUUUCCUUUUCUCUGUGAUGUACUUUGUGAUAUGAUGAGCUUGUAAAGGUAAAUGGCCUCUUUGGGCAUAAUUGCUUGACUAUGACUGCUUUUUUAUCAAAAUCUGCAACUCAUUGUUUUUUUUCUGGCUUUUAAAUUUUAUUUUUUAUUUAGAGACAGGUAAGAGGUGAAACAAUCAGGAAAUACAGUUUUUAUGCUUUCUACUUAAAAUAUCAUCUGAAGAUGACUUUACUUGCUUUUCACUGAAUUUAAAAGACUUGGGCAUUUCAAAUGAACAUGAACAAUUCUGAAAGGGUUAAUGUAGGAGUAAUAAGCAUUGUGUUUACUCUUGUUUACAUAACAAAACCAGAAUUUUAUUAUAGUGAGGAAUAAAAAAAUACUUUGACUUACUCUUUUUUCAGGGGGUCUCUGGAAAAGAGUAGAAGAAUUGAGAAGACACCUAGAUUCAGUUUCCUGUAUUAUAUGUAGUUCUUUUACCUAAUUUAUAGAUAAUAUCGCAAGAUAAGUCCAACAGCUGCCCUGUUGUGGAUAAUUUGCAGAGGCUUAAGUGGCCAAAGAUCCAUUCCUUGUUACUUUUCUAAUUAAAAGAAAAGUUAUAGUUUAGGUUUCUAGUAAUAUUAUUCAAGUGAUAAGACACUAUGCCUAAUGCCAGCUACAAAUAGUCAACUACUCAGAAUGUAUAAAAAUUUGGUACAGCGUUAAUGUGUGUGGUUCUCUUCUCCUAUUCUUUCCCAUAUGUUUCUUCUUUUGCCUAAAAGACAGAAAAUUGGUAUUAUUCUUAUUUGCUACUUUGAGUAUAACUCCAUCACACUUUGCAUAGGUCUUCAGGGUUGGAGCUCAAACUUUAACUCCUGACUUUUUCCAUGAAUGUCUCUUUUUUUUUUAAUGCCCCUUUUCCAUUCUGCAAUUUCCCCUUGACUUACCCGCUGCUCUCCCCAAUCUGCAACAGUGACAGUUUGCUGCCUCAAAACAGAGCAUUCAAAUGAAUUCGCUUAGCCAAUAACUUCUGUGAAGUUGCCUUUUCUAAUGGUGUUAUUACUCAGUGAUGCACAAAUGUGGUAUUUGCCCUACUGGUAGGCAAACAAAGGUCUGGUUAAGAAUGGUAACCUGCUGUUUUCUUUAAAGGAGAGCCAAAGACUUGUGCUUUUCUCUGUUUUGGUUUGGGAGGAUGUAGUAGCCAUUUUGAUUGUGAAACCUUUUGGUAUUUGUGAGUUGAUUAUACUGUGUAAGUAGAUUUAUCCAAAGUGGGCUAUUAAAGUUAGCUGGCCUUAUAAAAUGUAAAAGUAAUGAAAACUCAUCAGUUUCUCUAAACCAGUGAAUAUCGUCUUUUACAAUAUUAUGCAUCAGCAUUCACCCCACACAUCCACUGGGUUUUUUUGUUGUGAUAGCAUUUUCUGUGUUUUUAUGUUUUUUCACUUGUGCCUAAAGGACAAUCUGCUAUCACUAUGGUCUAAUUCCUGGGACUGGGUAAAAGGGCAUGUGUCUGGUGAGAAAUAAUUAACUAUAGUAGGUAAAUGUUCAGAUUAUGUUUAGAUUCAGAGAAAAAUAUUCUUUUCACUAAAGAGUACUAAGUUGCUGUUACUUAUUUACAAAUGGUGGUCUCACUGUCAUCAUUUUUCCACUUUCUUUUUUGCUCAUUUUAAAGAAUUGAGUAAAGAAUUCAAAUAUAAAAUCUAUCUGUAAAACUUCUCUAAUGAUUUAUAUUUAAUUAAAGGGAAUGGCCUGAUUGCUUUUUAGGACAAGUUAAUAACCUGCCUGGAAAUGAGCAUUUACUUUGAUUUUUACCCUAAAAGAGUCCAAGUGUGUUCAGUUUUUAGCUGGUGAUAACAUGGUUACAGUGUUGCAAGGUGAUCUUUUCCACUGAAAAAUCUGCCUAUGCUUUUAAAUAAAAAUCAGACAGAGCUAUUAAACUAAAGCAAAUAUUACUUUCAACAUUAUAAAUUAAACAAGCAAGCAGUCUACUACUGUCAUCAUUUUACCAGAGUGCCCAUUUUGCUGGUCCAUAUUCAUACCUUCCUACCUUGGACAGCUAUGAUUUUAAUAUUUAUUUGUUGCUUCAGCUCAGCUUUAUGAAAUUUUCCUGCUGAAAUGACUUAUUGGGAGUUGUAGAUGGAUUGCAGUUAAUAUUUUAAAAAUUCUCAGUUCAGCUUUUCUUAGCCACUUAAAAAAGAAAGCUGUUUUUGUCAAAAGGUACUCUUAAUUGUAGUAAAUAACUUAAGGUCUGGAUUUUUAAGAUUUUAUUUCUGUGAUUGCUAAAGAUGUUUUCACUGGUGAUAGGUUCUAAUUGAUAAGUCGUACUAGCUAUAAUGUUAAUGAAGAAUAAGAGACUGCCACCACCAGGAAUAAGUAACACUUUUUGGUAAUAAAUGUGCUCCCAAUAGGUAAGUUUUCAAUACUGCACUGAACAAAGUGAAUAAAGAGCCCUUUAAAAUCCUGCUGUGAUGAAGGGGUUUUCCUCACCACUGGAAUCCUUGUUUUCAGAGCCUCUAGAUUUUUAGCCAAACACUGAAUUUCCCCUAAACUUUAUCCCUUAGCAAAACAUUUCUAGAGCAACAACCUUUAUUUUCACAAGAAAAUAAGGCGCAAUAACCCGAGGGGGAGGACUUAAACCUCAAGACAGUAUUCUGUCCAAAAAUGUGUCUAGAAAAACAAAAUCCUGUGGAGUUUGCAGUCCUAAUGUAUAUUAUAUACUAAAUAAGGUGACUUCUUUUCUUAUAUUGAGGUCUCACUGUUUCUGGUUGGUUUUCUUUUGUUUGUUUUUGUUUUUUAAACCCCUGGCAGACAGAGCUCACAAGUCUUUGGCAUCCAAUUUAGGUUGUACACUCAGAGUCAUCUUAUAACUGGAAACUGUCAGGUGGUCCCCUGUCCCCACCCCCAGUAAGUGUAUGAAAGGGUCAAGAAAACGAUGGAAACAAACUAUUGGGUGGAUAAUUGGUUGCCUGAUUUUUUUGGGGGGGGGGGUGAUUUUUUAAAAUCCCCAUUUUAUUAGUGUAAUCGCUCUCCAUUGAGUGGCUACCUUUCUCAGAAUAAUAUCUGAACCACCCUGUAAAAUAGUCCUCUGAUUUAAAGGCAUUUAAAGCUUUUGCUUAUCAGUUUUACAUCCUCUGUUCAACAAAAAUACUGUCCUGAGAGUUAUUUUUUCCAGAUUUAUUGUCUAAAUUUUCAUAUUUCUCCCCCUUUUAUCCUUUCUCCUCUUCCCACCUUCUGGGAAUGAGAGGAACUUGAGAAAAACAUUAUUUUUCACUUUAUUUUUUAGUCUAUGGGCCUCAUUAUCUUAUUUAUGAUGAAUCUGUGCCUCUGGAACAAAAGCAAUGGAAAAAGUAAAUUACGGUAAUGAACAAAAACCUUUCACCCACGUAAACAUUUUCCAGUUGUGAGAUUCCUCUUCCUGUGUGGUCUUCUCCCCUUGUUCCCCUGCCACCCUUUUCCCCUGACUACGGUCAAUUUGGUCUUUAGGCUCAUACCAGUCUCCCCGAGACAUUCUGCAGUCAUUAUCACCUUUUUGGGUGGAUUUUAUUUUGUUUUAUUUUGUUUGUUUUUUAAGAAAAUAACUUUUUAACAUUGAUGCAUAUUUGCUUGGGAUAGAGCUUGUGUAAUUUACCAAUCGUAUUGAUUGUAUGUGAUUGUGCCCUGCAGAGGUAUAUUUAACAAGGCAAAAAUAAUUUAGGUUAAUAAAGGAGCCCAUGAGAUUUGAGUCAGGUUAUAAGUGACUUUAUGAAAUCACUUACAGUUUUGGAUAGUGAGAAUUCAUAUCUCCUGUUCUUAUAAAUCAGUGCUAGAAAAAAUACCAUUUUUUUAAAAAGUUUUCUUGUAUUCUGCUUUUUUUAAUUGCCUCAGCUCCCUGUUCUUUCUUGUCUGCCUCCACUCACCUGCUCAGAAAUAAAAAAUAUUGAGCCGUAAAGUGACACUAAUUUUUAAUUUGCUGAAUUUUGUGAAAUUUUACUUUUCCCAAGUGUUUCCAACUUAAAAAAAAAAAAUAAUAAAGACAUAGAUAAUGGGUUGGAAUCUCACAAGCUGUGAAUAAUACCUUAGCAUCUGGCAAGCUGUGAAAUCUUAUUUGAAGACUUUAUCUCGUGACAGUACUUUUGGAAUAGGAGAAAUAACCCUGUUUGAAUUGGACCGUUUUCCUGUCCUUUUAAAUCUGUUCAAUAUUUCCAGUUUUAAAGCAGUCUUCAAAACAAGUGAGGUGGAAAAGAAAUAAUAGUAGGACAGUUUUUAGGGCAGCAGAACUCUGGCUCUGAAUAAGUACAUGUUCCACUUGUUGCAGAUUCUUGAGAGGAUUAGGGCCAUCUUUUUCAAUUUUGUAUUAUUUGUGUGCAUGUUGUUUAUGUCAGAGAUGCCACAUUUUGUUAAAAUGCUAUUUCUUUUCUCUGUUACCUUGGAAACUGACUCAACCUCAUGUUGCUCCUAUUUAGUGUUUAAGGCUCCCAUGAGUUGCAGAUAAAAGGAUUUAUUUUAACAAGUAGAAGGAGGUGAUUCACCUUUUGGAUUGUAAAUAUAUGAAAGUGUCUACAAGGUCUUUAUCUGCUUUCUGUCAGCAUUUAUAUUAAAUGAUAAAUU